AUGCAGCACGAUGCGCUAAUCGCUGCCUUCCGUCAGCUGCAGACAAACGACGAGAGGCUAAACGCCAUCCGAGCUCUAGCCCAGGAGCUGACAUCCCACGAAUGGCGGCAACUCCAAGAACUAGCGGCCGCCCGCAACUUUCAAACCGACAUUGUCGGUCGCUUGCCGGUCGAGCUAGUUGCUGAGAUCUUUGCACAUCUCGACACCUCGACCGCGUUUUGGCUGCAGAGCGUGUCUACACGGUGGCGCCGCGUUUUGCAAAGCCCCCAGGUCCUGACCAACACCCUAGUCCCUUGGUAUGGCUAUACGCCUCAGCUGUUGCGGGCCGACUACGGCAUGUGCAAAACCAAGGCGGAAGUCAUACACGCAUUCCGCAACGGCUGUCCAAAGCAUCACUUCAAAAUCAGGAUUGUUGGAAUUCACCACCGCAUGAUCUUGACCGAAGACACGUUGAUACUCACUGCUGGAGCCCAAGGCAAUUCCGACCCUAGAAUCCUGUGUUUCUUCAAUAUCAAGACAUGGGAACUGCACAGCAUGACUGGGGAUGCGAGGGAACGCAUCAGCCAGACUUUCGCCUCGGACCAGAUUGCUGGCUUCACAACAGAGAGUCGUGUAUGCUAUGUCUCAGACCUUGAAGGUCGUGGCAAGCGUAAGUUUAGAGUGCCUAACAAUGCCUUCUUCCAGUCAGUCGCAUGUCGAGGUCGCACAGUCGCAUGCGCUGGAUGUUUCCCAGACCAUGCCGAGGUCUACGUCUGGAACUAUGACACACAGCAGGGAAAGACAUUCUCUAUUGAUUUCAACUCCCACCUGUUCCCCUUUCCCAGACCCGAGAUCGAGCGCAUCAUUGUCUUCACGGAUGAGCGCUGCUCUGGGGGAAAUGAUUUUGACGAGGCUUACUGCCAGCGGGAUGAGGGCAUAUGCACCAUACGCUAUGCUCAAUUCACCUACGACGGAGACUGCAUCUCUGAAUCCGAGUCGCUCAUAGAUGAGGUUGCCCCUCGGCAACAGGCUACCUUUCAGAACAAUAACAAUUACUUCAUACCAGUAAACAAUCGAGGCGCAUUCAAGAUCAGCAUUGGCAGCUUCAACUAUGCGCCUGCGACCCGCUGGAUCCAGUUCGAUGAAGAGGUCAACAUGUUCACUCAACCUGUGCCUACCACUGAGAACGGACAAAUGUACAAGGUACGCGAAGCUUUGCUCGAGCAUUCCCCCAAGUCCGUGACAUGA